AAAAAUACACAAGAAACCGGGUAAAUACAAGCCUAUCCGUUAUGGUGGGUUUUAUCAUCAUCCACCUCUGCCUCAGCCCUCCCUCAAGUCUUGAAGAAAGCGUUGGACAAGAAGAGUGUGUCUGAAAAACCAACAAAAUGGCUUCCAAUUCCAUACCCACUUCUGAGAAAACUACCAAAUGCGAGUUACCCAAUUUAUUAGCAAUAUUCCCAGUUAUUGCACCAACUUUUAGUCCCCAACAAUUCUUCUCUAAACCCACUUCAAAUGUUGCACUUUCUCCUGUUGAAGUUCUUCACAAUUUCCACAAAACAAUCGCCUCAACUGCUGACAAAUGUCUUCAAUCCCUUCAUUUUUCUGCUACCCAGAAUCCCUUUCUCAACAAACUCCUCUCUUUCUCAUCCUACAUUCACAAUUUCUCCCAGGUGCAUUGCAGAAGCCACAAGAGUUUAAAUUCUCUGUCAAGUCACAACUUUGCUGCUGUUUUACCUGGUGAUUCAGUCGCAGGAAUAGUAGUCACUAAUGGCAUUCUGAAUUUUCUGAAUAUCUACAACACAUUGUUAGUUGUCAGGCUUGUUUUGACAUGGUUCCCGAGCGCUCCACCCCAAAUUGUUAGUCCCCUCAGCACCUUGUGUGACCCCUACUUGAACAUCUUUCGUGGAAUCAUCCCACCCCUUGGAGGAACCUUGGAUUUGUCUCCCAUCUUGGCAUUUCUUCUUCUGAAUGCUUUUACAAGCGCUGCUGCAGCACUUCCUGCUGAACUGCCACCAGCUAUGGUAUCUCAUGAAGGCUCACAGUCACUCAAGCCAGGCUUAUCAGAUCUAACAUCCUCACAGAAGAAGUGGCAGACAAGACUACAGAGUAAGAGAUCGACUGCUCCCGAGGUUUGAUUGCCUUAAUCAAUCCUUAAGAAUCAUCGUACCUAUAUCUACUAUUAUGGUACUUAGGCGGGUGAGAAUCUGUAGAGUUGUGCUUGACAAGAAGCUUUAUUCUCUUAUAUCUUCUUGUGCUCGACGGCGGAAUUUUCAUUUUGAUUUAUGCUUUUUUUUUAUGAUCAAAUUUUCAUAGUAGUGUUUUCUGUAUAUUAUGAGCACUAGAUAUUCAUAUAGUCAGUUGUUUAACUGUAAUGUCGAUUUGUUUUAGCCUGUUUUUUACAUUGUUCUUCUGUUAAUAAUGCUGGUUGAAAUUAUGAA